AUGGAACAUGCAACUCACACUUGUUACAAUACCAUUUCGGUUGCUUUUGAUUCAGACAUUCUGUUAGAGAAAACAAAGUUUUCAAUUCCAAUCACCUCCACCGAUUCAAAAAAUUUAUCACCAAUAUCAAGCAUUCAAACAUUACUUUCAACUCAAUCUUUUUAUUUCAGUAUUCAAACGAUAUCAAACACACAAAAUCUUCCAAUCAACAUUUCUCUUCAAUAUCAAGAUACACAGACAUUUGACUUUACCAAUAUAACAACUCUAGUAUGCAACAGAUUCCCUCUUUUUCAACCAUAUCGAUCCCUCACUUGCACAACUCGCUUCUCUUCAUGUAUCUUAAUGCCAACAUCAACAGCGAAUACAUUUGUAACAAGUGAAGUUAAUCUAAUCAGAAAUAUUAGAUAUUUUCCACCAAACAAUACCAAUUAUAUCGAAACAUUCUCUUUUCAAGCCGGAAAUAUACAACAAAUCAUGAUGUUCGACUCACCUCUUUUAAAAUCAAAUAUUAUGUCUAGCAUGCAAUAUUUAUCAUCCAGUGGUAAUAAUUUUGGUCUUAUGUACCAAAAUAACCAGAAUGGUGCUUCAUAUAUUUCUGGAAUCGGUUCAGCAUCCGAAGAAACUCAUUACUUUAUAUGUGGAGCCAAAACUGAAGAAUAUUUACAAUUAGGAAUGAGUUUCACAACACUUUUUAUGGGUGUUUUUUCAUUUACCAUAAGCAACAUUACAAAUUCAGCUGAUAUUUCAGUGGUUCGAAUAGAAUUGAUAUCUGAUUAUAUUAGAGAUUACCAAAUCAGUGCUACACUCAUUCCAACUACCGUUAUGGAGGCAAAAUAUCCUUCGGAAUACGAAAACACACUGUUUAAAUACAGGAUUGAGCUUCCUUAUACCAAUCAAUAUAGUGAUGCUUUGGUAUUUGAGAUUUUAGAUUUCCAAAUGACCAGAGUUAACUCUUUUAUAAUUAUUACUAGAAUCAGUAUAUCGACAAACUAUGAAAUCAUCAAAGUUACAAUGAAUUCAGAAACUCUUGAAUUUCAACUCUUGGAAGGAACUCCAUUCAACGGAACAUAUGAACUUUCAAUCUACAACAAAAUCAAUAUUGAUACCUUUACUUUUUCUUUUGUAAAUACCAGAGGAGAGGUCUACAAUUUAUAUAGCAGUCAGUUUUAUAAUAAUUUGGAAUCAACCGAUCCCUAUCUAUCAAUUGACACCGCUGGUAAGAAAAAUAAUGUACAAUAA